AUGUCGGAAUCUGUGGAUACAGCCAAAGCGGCAGCAAAGCUAGAGGCAAUUGAGGCCAUUAAUCGGGAACCGUCUUUCACAGCUGAAGUGAAGUCGGCGCUCAUCGAAGCCUACUUGCAAGAAGAUAUCAGUGUGGAAGGAGCUCAAUCCACGCAAUUGAGUUUCAUUGUUGGAUCGAAAGCAGCUGCACCGCGGGAAGACCGGAACGAAAGUGACAUUUCGACAAAGAGAGAUUUGAUUGCUGCAAUUUAUCAAGACAAUACCCUUAGUCCGAAAGAGAAGCACUUGCAAGUUCAGGCAUUGGUUGGACCCGACCAACCAAACUUUGUCCAAAAUGGCACCGCCAAUGCGCGUGGAAGAGCCGUUCAAGCAAUCUACAAGGAUGAUACCUUGAGCCCAAGAGAAAAACUGGAGCGUGUCCACGUGCUAAUGGAAGCAAAUGCGGCUCCUGCCAGAAACACAACUUCGAGACUUGCCUCGGCACUGGCAAGGCGACGCCGACCACGCCCUGCAGUAGAGAUUGUGAGUGUGUCCCCCGAUCACAUUUCCAGCUCGGUUACUGGAGACUCUGUCUCGCAAUUGGAACAAGAUAGCUACUUUAAAGACGAAUUCAGUAAAGGGAGCCGAAGCCAUCCAAGCGAUGAUGGAACGCGAACAUAUGGCAGGUCGGAAGCAUCAACAAAGCAAUCAAACUCAUUGGUCGUUGAUACAGAUACCCUCAGUGAUAUUUCUGACGGCCAAGACAACAACAAGCGUCUUUACGUUAUGCUUUUUUGUGCUGUCGUCUUCUUUUGGGCUAUCGUCGGUCCUCUCUUGGGAUCAUACUGGGACGAUAUCACAGGAAAUGGUGAUAAGGGAACCGUCUUUGAGAUUUCUACUCUCAGUCCCACGGCUUUCACUACACAAGAGCCAACGGCAAUGGUGCACUUCCCUCCAAGUACAAACCAAUGCUUGAGAAUCAGUCAAGGCAACAGUGUCUUUGGUCAAGAAGAAAUGGCUAUCAAGUCCUUCAGACUUGAUGUGGACGUGACUCUGAAUCUUGCCACCAGUGACGCCUCAUCAUUGAUGGACACAGUUGCAGAAGCCAUGCAACGGAUCUUGGCCCCAACUCUCGCUGGAUGCCCCAAGAACUUGUUGGUAUCAGCCCAAGGCGUACGUGGGAGAGAUCGACGAAGGCUAAUUAAAGAUUAUGUUGUUGGAAGCGCCAAGGUCGAGGCCGUUCCUGGUAGCGACAAUGGCAACUGUGCCCAAAACUACAAUGCCUGUUUUCGAAUGAAGGUUGCGUUGGAGCUCUACAUGAAGGGGUACGAGAGUAACUUGCGAGUCAUCAAUCACAUCAACGGUAUCUUCGGACGAAAGGACUUGUUCAACGUAUUGGAACUUUCAGCUCCAUUUGAAGAUGUUGAGGUAAUCAACGUUCUUGCAACAGCCGAGACUACUGAUGUUCCCACCAGCGAGCCAUCUUUGCCUCCCACUGGCAAACCAACAGGAGCUGUUACCUUGACUCCCACAAGAUCUCCAACAUUGUCUCCAACAGGCAACACCCGUAUACCCACCCGUUGGCCAACAAACAGACCAACUCCUGCUCCUCAAACUCCUCCUCCCACCAUGUCACGAAGGAGCCACAUUGAGCAGUCUUUGAGAAACAUUCCCUUGACCAAUGUUGACGCUUACGAUUGGCUCUUCAAUGCCGAUUAUUGGGUGCCUAGUACAUUGACUGCCAGCACUGACGCAGGAGUUUGGAUCGAUCGCUACGUCCUGAUGACGCUGUACUACACCAGUCAGGGACCAACAUGGGGAAUUCGCAAUGGUUGGGGAGCGUCCAUCAAUCACUGCAGUUGGGUUGGAGUUUCUUGUCACUCCUCCAACAACCGAGUUUCCGGUGUCGAGUUGCGUGGAAAUUUGAUGAUUGGUUCCUUCCCUCGAGAACUCAUGGCAUUGACCAAGCUGACAGCUUUGGAUCUAUCGCAGAACACUUUUGCUGGAUCUCUUCCAACAGAAAUUGGGCUCAUGACUGACCUUCGAACCCUAAAUCUCAACAGCAUGGGGCUCACUGGGUCUAUUCCUGACCGUAUUGGUAACCUCUCCAACUUGAGAUUGUUGGAUAUGUCCAAUAAUGCGAUGGAAGCCACGAUUCCAACCCAAGUUGCUCGAAUGACCAGUCUUCGAAGCUUUUUGAUGCCGAACAAUCUAUUAUUUGGAGAACUCCCAACUCAAUUCCGCCAGUGCUCGAACAUGGAAUACUUUGAUCUCUCCAAUAACCAAAUGAGUGGAUCCAUUCCUCGACGCAUCAUGGCCAUGACCAAUUUGGUCUUCUUGGGACUUGCCAACAACAACUUUCAGAACAACAUUCCCUCCGAAGUUGUAGAUCUGACCAAGCUUCAAAUUUUGAGAUUGGAUGGCAACGAAUUGAGUGGAUUCAUUCCUGCCUUGCCACUAGGAUUGGUUGAUUGUACAUUGGCCGGAAACAGCUUUUCAGAAGAUAUUUACUCGCUUCUUCGAGGAUGCCGAGUAGAAUAA